CGGCGAUAUCUACCGUAAUCAGAGUGGACCAGGCGGUAGGAUUUACGGUGCAACCAGCACGGCUGCAGUAUUUACGGUAACGAGGGUCGGCCCUGGCGGCGGUAUUUACGGUAACGGGGGGCCGGCCCCGGUGGCGGCUUUUACGGUAACGGGGGACGGCCCGGAAGGCGGUAUUUACGGUAACGGGGGCCGGGCUCGUGGAGGCCCGUCGGCGCGGCCGGCUCGCCGCGUUAUCAGGUGAUCUCCAGCCCGGGCGGCUGCCACCCCCUGCACCCCGCGGAAAAUGCAAAAUGGCCCUCCGGGACAGUGAGGGGCCGUGGCCCUCGGCCCGGGCCCGCCGCACCCCCAGCCCGCAGCCUGCGGGCGGUAGCGCCGCGCCGGGUGCGGGUGCAGCCCCCUCCCACCCCUCCGCGGGGGCCCCGGCCUGAGCCCCGAGCGGCCCGCGCCCUCGCGUCCACAUGGGUCUGUGCUACAGUCUGCGGCCGCUGCUCUUCGGGGACCCGGAGGACGUCCCCCACGCCGCCUCGGAAGCGCCUGCGGAGGACGCGCGGCCCGGCCCGGUGCCGGCCCCGACCCCGGCCUCGGCCCCGACCCGGCUAGGGGGAGGCGCGGCCCAGACCCCGCUCCCUCGGGGCGCCGGCGAGAGCCCGGCGUGCACGCGGCCCAAAGCCGCCCCGAAGAAGGAGCGGCGACGGCGCCCGGAGCAGCUACGCGCGGAGGAGCGCGAGGCGGAGCGGGAGGCGAGGAAGGUCAGCAGGAACAUCGACCGCAUGCUCCGCGAGCAGAAGCGCGACCUGCAGCAGACGCACCGGCUCCUGCUGCUGGGCGCUGGUGAGUCGGGGAAAAGCACUAUCGUCAAACAAAUGAGGAUCCUGCAUGUCAAUGGAUUUAAUCCUGAGGAAAAGAAACAGAAAAUCCUGGACAUUCGGAAAAAUGUUAAAGACGCUAUUGUGACAAUUGUUUCUGCUAUGAGUACUAUCAUACCUCCAGUUCCACUGGCCAACCCAGAAAACCAGUUUCGAUCAGACUAUAUCAAGAGUAUAGCUCCUAUCACUGACUUUGAAUAUUCCCAGGAAUUCUUUGAUCACGUGAAGAAGCUUUGGGACGAUGAAGGCGUGAAGGCGUGCUUUGAGAGGUCCAACGAAUACCAGCUGAUAGACUGCGCACAAUACUUCCUGGAAAGAAUCGACAGUGUCAGUCUGGUGGACUACACACCCACAGACCAGGACCUUCUCAGAUGCCGAGUUCUGACAUCGGGGAUUUUUGAGACCCGAUUCCAAGUGGACAAAGUAAACUUUCACAUGUUUGAUGUCGGCGGCCAGAGGGACGAGAGAAGAAAAUGGAUCCAGUGCUUUAAUGAUGUCACGGCUAUCAUUUAUGUUGCGGCCUGCAGCAGCUACAACAUGGUGAUUCGGGAAGAUAACAACACCAACAGGCUCAGAGAGUCCCUGGACCUUUUCGAAAGCAUCUGGAACAACAGGUGGUUACGGACCAUUUCUAUCAUCUUGUUCUUGAACAAACAGGAUAUGCUGGCAGAAAAAGUCUUGGCGGGGAAAUCAAAAAUUGAAGAUUAUUUCCCAGAGUAUGCAAAUUAUACUGUUCCUGAAGAUGCAACACCAGAUGCAGGAGAAGAUCCCAAAGUUACACGAGCCAAGUUCUUUAUCCGAGACCUGUUUUUGAGGAUCAGCACAGCGACAGGGGACGGCAAACAUUACUGCUACCCACACUUUACCUGUGCCGUGGACACCGAGAACAUUCGCAGAGUGUUCAAUGACUGCCGUGACAUCAUCCAGAGGAUGCACCUCAAACAGUACGAACUCUUGUGAGGCAGCCCUGGGGCAGGUGGGCGCGUCUUCUGGCACCUUCUCUCCACCUGCCUCUCCUCCCUUGGCCACCCCACCAGGUGGAACAUUUAUUCCAGGAUUGUCUGUCAGCCCUAAGCCAUGGUAGAAAGUAGGGAGUUCCCGGUUUCAUCCAGCUGCUGCCCUGUCCUGUUCUGACCUGUGUGACCACCAAGCCUCUGGCUACCUCUGUUCCCCUCAGGUUUGGUUUGUAGCUUUCGUUUUCACUGAACACAACCUUCCACAGCCUCCCCAACCCCACCAAUUUGUGUCGCUGCAAACCAGCACUCUCACUUGGGUGGUGCUGCAGUGAAACCCCUCUGGGUGAGGGCCCCUUUCAGUCAUCCAUUCAGUGAUUUCUUGAUUCGGCAGGAACUUGAUAAAGGGGGGAGAAAUGACACUUUUUUCUGACUUAUCAGGCAUGAUUGCAGUGGCAGGGGUAUGAGGCAGUGAGCCACAUGCGUGGGCAAGUGGCCACCUCUCCCGAGCUGCACUGGCCCAGGAGCGAGGCUAGACCCCAAGUCACAGGGUGGAGAGAAACCCGUUUCAAUCAUAUCUGAGUCGCUGCCAACCUCAGGCAUUAAGUUAGACCUACUCUGAGCAGACAACCUACUACAUUCACCACUGCAAAGUGUGUCCUGUCUACACAUGAUUCUCUAGAGUGUGAUAUGCUUGGACACGAGUCUCCCUUCAUAUAUUCUUGUUGUUGUUUUACUGCUGGUUUAUUAUAACUGUACAGACCACAAAAUGUAAUAUUAUUUUCUAUAAUUACUCAAAAAUCCUUGUAGAUCUUUGUGCCUCGAUCAGGCUGUUAUCUGUAAAAGAAAUGUGUUUUUAUCGUGCUGAACCGCUAAAUGUCAACAUUACCUGCUGCUUGCUCUAAAAAAGAGAAUGGUGUGUGUAGAAUUUAGGAUAUUCUGCAGGUUAGUGCUUUUAAAAAUAUCUUUGAUUAAAUAUAUAUAUGCAUAUAUAUAUAAAUUAUCCACAUUAAUCAUUCACCUCUUACAAAUAAUUUUGUACCAACAUCACAAGCUUUUCAAGAACCAAGGAUUUUUUUUUCUCCAGACAAUAUGUCUUUUGAUUAUUUUCCUAUUUAAAGACUUUUUAACAAGUUCCCUGAGUGGAAAUAGGUCAACCAUUCCCUUUAGUCAAAGUUUUCGAACCACUUACUUGGGCCACAGCUUCCAGUGUAAACAAAGAGCAAGAAGAUGACAGAGGUGUCUGUGUUCGUGUCCAGCCCAAGAGAGUCAAAGGAUGCCAUCUCCAUUUGCCUGCUCUCAAGAAGAAAUAUUACACAACCUUUACUUGGAAGACAAAGUCAAAAUAUAUGGCUGUUUCCCACACUCGAAAGGUUUGUAAAUGCAGCGUCAGAAGUUAUCGUACAGCGCAGUAUCUAGAAAGCAAGAAUCACGAUAGCGGUGAUGCUUCAUAUUCUACCCACAGCCACAACUUUGAGGGUCGUUGCCUUAGGUGCGAGAUAAUCUGCAAAGAUGUCCAAAGGUGGAUUUCAACAAUACAAACCCAGAGGUGACAGCCUCGCUGACAUGACUUCAUUUCCUUUUAGUCUUUAGUAUUGUCAAGUUUACUCUGUAAGUAGGCAUUUUGUAAUCCUUUAUAAAUGCAUCCAGACUAAAAAAAAAAAAAAAAAAAAAAAUGCAUCCAGACUGAAAUACUACUUUUCCAUGAAUGAAAGGAUAACUUUGUAGACAGUGUAAGAAGCACACUGUUUAUGGCAGCAUCCCUAAAUUCCUGGACCUCUCUUCCCUGUUUCAUAAAACCCUGAUCUGAAAUGAGACACAUAAAGUAGAAAUUACUGUGUUUCCAUUGCACUUUCCACAUAAAAUGUGAACCGAAGAGCCACACACACCCCCAUAUGCACAAAAAGCAAAAGCUGCAUACUGUUAUAUAUGUUAUCACUCAGCAGUAACUCAACUUCCUCUUCAAACACAGAGUUGGACUCUUGGAAAAGAACACGUUUUACCUGGUUUCAAAUUAUCAAGACGUAUUUAUUUUUAAGUACCAAAAGCCCCUUCCCAGCUCUUUGUCAGGUUUCUUUUGAUCAUGGACAGACAUCAAAUUCAGAUUUAACAGCUUGGCCUGCUGGAGAGAAAAUUACACUUAGCUAAAAAUCUGAUUCGAUAAUGAGCACAGAAGCACAAAAGUCUGUGAAAACAAUAUAUUCCUGCUUGUGGCGUCUGUACUUUUAUUUUAAGUGCAUAGCUUUAUAAUAUAUAGGAGUCUGAGGCCCACUUCGUAGGGGGACAGAAGCAAGCCCAGUGUUUGUGCGCACAUAAUCCCAGGUGCCGGCUCCAUCUUGGGGAAGGACAGACAGCAUAGUGCAUGCAAGUGAGACUUUAAUAGCUUUUACAUAUUGUACAGACACGAUCUUUGGUUAUACAUAUAUUUGAUAAAAUGAGAAAACAGACUUGUUGUAGAGUACACGUUCCAUUGUUAUAGCAUGAGAACAGUACAGUCAACUAUUUAUCCCUGCAGGAGUUCGCAUCCGUGAUUUACAGUUCCUGUGAUGGGUGUAAAGACCGCCACCCCCUUUGUCCCCUUCUCACAUGAGCACUACCCAGAGUUCAGUUUUCCUGCCUUUGUUAUUUGUGACGAAAUGCAAAAGCGUCUCCUGCGCUUUACGUUGUCUUAAGUUUUCUGAGCAAGUUCCAACCAAAGAGAAGAGGCGAGGCUAGGAGCUUAAAGUGAGCUAACAUGAGGACCGCAAGGAACCCAACUGCUACACAGUAUGUGGCCAGAACGGUGUUCUCGUAGGGGAGGUAGCACUUGGCAAGGGCGUACUCUGUGGGGGUCAACAUGCCCUGGAAAGGAAAUGAGAAUAGUGAUGCUGCAGUGAGAGCCCUGCCGCAGCACCAACACACCAGUCUUAGACAAAACAGGAGACGCAGCCUUCUUGGUCCCCUCAGGUGAGGCCAGGAAGUGGCUCUCCUCCCCUGAGACUGCGGGGCACAGCUUCCACGAGCCAGCCACCCACCCCAAGCACUGAUCGGAGACACAACGUGGAGGCUCCCAAUGUGCCGAGUGGAGCUGACCUCUCCGUUGAAACCAGUCCCCGGCACAAUGGGUUCCUCUAAAGUGCAGUGGGCAUACGUGCCAGAGAUACAAGAGGCAUGGAGAUCUAUGUAAGUGGCCAUUGAGAAAUGGGGAGUGACUACAAGGCCAUUUCUCAUGGCGCUCAAUGCUAAAGUAAGCAACCUGUUACCCAGAAAUGCAUGUGCCGGGGGCACCUCAAUGGGUUUUUCUGUAGACAUGUUUGCUGUGCGGAACGACACUGGGGAAUGGUUUCGUUUACUCUGAAUCUGAAAACAUGAGGGUUUCCCCACCUUUGCAUGAAGUAAAAGUACCUGACAUAAAAGCCUUAUGACCUGGGUAAAAUAAACACCAGGUGGCCACUAAUUGAAACAUCUUGAGCCACCUUACAAGAGCCGUAGCCUUUUUCUGCCAGAGCAAAUGGGCACGUUUGGAACCUAAGACAAGAUGAUGGAGUAUGGCUAAUGAAGACAUGAUCCUGUUUCCUUAGAAAAUUAAAAACGCAGAGGCUCAGACCUGAGAACAGUGCCGUCCCUGGAAACACUCUGUAAGAUGCCCCCCACCCCGCCCCCUACAGGAGCAAUGCCAUGUUUAUUUGUCCCCAGGGAGGUGUUUAGACAGGGGUCAGUGUAUCAAACUAAGUGCACGUGUGGAGCAGGGGAAGUUUGUAUUUACAGCUUUUGUAUGUGUUUACGGAUCGCAGCAAUUAAAUAGUUGAUUACUGUGUUGAUGUCAAUACUUAUAUGAAAGCUUUCAGAUGAAAAUAAACGUCCACAUUACCAUGAUGAAA